CGUCACAACCCCGGCUCCUGCCCCGCCCGUCCCGCCUGCCCGCUGGUCGGUCGCGCGGCGGCGGCGGCUGCCCGGUGACAGCAGCGGCGGCACCAGGCUGGCAGUACGAGCGGCGUAGGGUCCUGCGGCCCAGAAACGCGUAGCCGGCCAAAGGGUGGCACGGCCGGGGGCGAGGAAGGCCCGACCGUGGUCGAGCGUGAGGAGACCUCGCGGGCCGCGGGCGUGAGGCCGGCGUGAGGGAGCGCGGAGGCAGUGGCCGCCGGCGGCCGGGACCCGCCUGCCCUCGCGGCCGCAGCCGGCAUGAGCCACAUCCGGAUCCCGCCGGGGCUCACGGAGCUGCUGCAGGGCUACACCGUGCAGGUGCUACGGCAACGGCCGUCCGACCUCAUCGACUUCGCGGUGGACUACUUCACCCGCCUGCGCGAGGCCCGCGCCCUAGCCUCCAGCCCGCCCGCCACCCCUCCUUCCUUCUCCCAGGACCUAGAGCUCGGCCCUGGCCUGGCGGUCACGAAACCGGAGAGUGAGACGGACGAGGACGAGGACUUGGACGUUCCAAUUCCUAGUAGAUAUGACCGGAGAGUAUCAGUUUGUGCUGAGGCCUAUAACCCUGAUGAGGAAGAGGAAGAUACUGAUCCAAGGGUGAUUCACCCUAAAACUGAUGAACAGAGAUGCAGACUUCAGGAAGCUUGCAAAGAUAUUCUCCUUUUCAAAAACCUUGAUCAGGAACAGCUUUCUCAAGUCCUCGAUGCCAUGUUUGAAAGGGCAGUCAAGGUGGAUGAGCAUGUUAUUGACCAAGGAGAUGAUGGAGACAACUUUUAUGUCAUAGAACGGGGAACUUACGAUAUUUUAGUAACAAAAGAUAAUCAGACUCGCUCUGUUGGUCAGUAUGACAACCGUGGAAGUUUUGGAGAGCUCGCUCUGAUGUACAACACCCCGAGAGCUGCUACCAUCAUUGCCACUUCGGAAGGCUCUCUCUGGGGACUGGACCGUGUGACUUUUAGAAGAAUCAUAGUGAAAAACAAUGCAAAAAAGCGGAAGAUGUUUGAAACAUUUAUUGAAUCUGUGCCCCUUCUUAAAUCACUAGAGGUGUCAGAACGAAUGAAGAUCGUGGAUGUGAUAGGAGAGAAGAUCUAUAAGGAUGGAGAUCGCAUAAUCACUCAGGGCGAAAAAGCUGAUAGCUUUUACAUUAUAGAGUCCGGUGAAGUGAAGAUCUUGAUUAAAAGCAAGACUACAACAAACAAGGAUGGUGGGAACCAGGAGGUCGAGAUUGCCCGCUGCCAUAAGGGGCAAUACUUUGGAGAGCUCGCACUGGUGACCAACAAACCCAGAGCUGCUUCGGCUUAUGCUGUGGGAGAUGUCAAAUGCUUAGUGAUGGACGUACAGGCCUUUGAGAGGCUGCUGGGGCCCUGCAUGGACAUCAUGAAGAGGAACAUCUCACACUACCAGGAGCAGCUGGUGAAGCUGUUCGGCUCCAGCAUGGAUCUGAUGGACCCCGGGCUUUAGGUGCGCCACGCCUCGGCGUCUUCUCAGUGUGACACCAGAACCUUCCGGUCAGCCACAGAACACACGCAGAACGCAGACACGACAGGACCUUUCCUUCCGUUGCCACCACAGCUGCCAUUGCUGUGGCCAUGGGCAUUUAGAAAACUUGAAAGUCAGCACUAAAAGAUGGGUAGAGGUUCAACCUGCACCUCCACUUUGCUUCUGAAAGCCCAUUAUUAGACUGCUUGUAAUGAUUGUUCCAACCCAGUUCCACAUCUUUGGUUCCAAAUGGCAUGUCUCUCCAACAAUUUAAGUGCCUGAUACUAAGUCCAAAGUGUAAACAUCUUCGUUUCCUCUCUUGCUGCUACUAUUGCUUUUGGAAGUCACCACAGGUCUGCACAAACCUAUUGUGUAACUGUAGAUGCCCUCCCCCAACCUUUCUCAAGGGAGGAAAUGUCGUAGCCUUUGAUCUCCUCGUUUGUUCUUUGAGAAAGUCCACAUUUGUUCACAAUUGUAGCCUUCGGUUUUAUGUUGGAAAGUAGUGGCAAAUAGGAUGAAGGUCUGUGGUCCUGUGGCAUUUUGCUGUCUGCUGAAAGCAGCACACGUGACGGCCGUCUCCAAAUUCUCAGUGAUGCUUAAGGGAUGGCCCUGCUCAGGGCCCAGCAGGGCAGCACCCCAGCGCACGCUGAUGGAGCACUGGGACUCACCUUAGAGCAGAAAGUCUGGGUCUGGUACGUUGUUCCGGUAGCAGAAAGAUGGAAGGUUUUCUGGGUUGGGGUUUUUUUGUUUUUUGUUUUGUUUCAGUAGGUUUUGUUUCAUUUCAUCUCCGUGCAGUUUGCCUGAAUGAGUUGCUGUCCAUUUAUAAGGAGCCAGGGUUUGGGGAUGUCAUCACUUUAUCCGACCCACAGACUUUCCUGGGUAACCCCUGCUGUCCCUUAUGUCCAGGCGCCUCUACCGGCCGAGGGAGCAGGCCGGCCAGAGUUGCACUACAGAGAUAGCCUUGGCUUCCACUCUGGAGUCAUCACACAGCUGUGCUGUUGAGCCAUCAGUUUUUAAACUCUGUGAAGAAGCAGCAGCUAUUUUUGAAGUUCAAAAAAUAUUUCUCUAGGAAUUCCCCUUGGACAUAUUCACGUAUAUCAGUUUGUCAGCUGACUCAGGCAUGAUUCCUAAUGAUUAACUCUUUGUUGGUUUUCAGAAAUUGGCAACAUUUACAAUUUUAUAGAAUUACUGCCAAGGCCUUUCUAAUUCAGAUGUUAGGGUAUUUGGGGUUCCAAUUGUGAAUCCCAGAAGAAAGUAAUUUAGCUUCUGUUUUUAAACUUUUUUAACCUUUUAAUUAUAUCAGCUAGAAUUUUGAUUAUUUUAAUUAACUAGAUGUUUCAGAAUGAAACUUCUUCUUCAGAAUGACUUAAAAUCAGAUGAUACAGGUGAUGCUAAGAGCAGUAUGAAAUUUGCAUAAAUGUUAAUUUGAGUGUUGUAGUUCAGUUUUUAUUAAAUCAAAAGGCCCUUUCCAAUAUGAUUUUUUUAAAACUAAGUUUUUAAAAACUUAGGGAUUAAUAAAUCCCUAAGAUACUGCGUGCUGGGGCUUGAGCCAUCCCUGUGGCGGAUGGUGAUGGGAGCCCGCGUGGCCACCCGCCAGCGCCCGCAUAAGCCCGGCUCUCUGUUUUUGCCGCAGACACUGUGGCCAGGAGACUCCCAGAGCAGUGACUCACCGCGGCCUUGUCAGCCCUCCCCUUUCCUGUGUCCGUGACGUAAAGGCAGGAGGACUCCUCAGACUGGCUGCCCUCCGUGGCCUGCACUGCAGCUCGGAAUCGUGAAAGGUUGAAACCAGUUCUCCGAAACAGGCAGCUAGCACUGGGAAAGUCCAUGUGUUUUCCCCAUGAUUGCUCAAGGUGAUUAUUUUCUGUGGUGGUGUUUCAUUAUCAGGUAAGGAAGCAGAUCUCGCACAUCACCUGACAACCACCACACCCUUUUCUUGCCAACGUAACAGGUGCACACUGGGCUUCAGGGGUGACACGGAAGCCUGGCCCCAGACUGUGUGAGGACUUGAGGACUCGGUCCCCACCGAGCAGAGGUCCCCUGCGCACCUGCGUCCCACCUGUGAGGGCUGGCUGUGCGCUCCAGGCCAGUCGCUCCUGCAGGCUGCCCUCUUGCACAUCCGGGUCAGUCCUCCUCUUCACAGAGUCCCCUGUGACACCCCCGCCUCACCGAUGGCUGGUGUUCUACAGGGUAGAAUUCAUCAGAUUUAAGUUCUCCUGCUCCAAUUACAGACUGAUAUGCGGAUGAUCGGCUUAGCCCCUCACUGCGUACAGGGCCCCUUGGGGGUCUGGCUUUGAAGGAGGGAGGCUUUAAAGGGACCAGUGUGAGUGAAAUAGGACAUAGCCGUUUCCAAGGUGCCAGGUGUCUGACAGUGUUCCGAGUCUGUGUGCAGCGUGGGGAAUCACAGGUGGUGGGCAACCACAGGUGGUGGGCACGUCCAACUCAGCGCCGUGGUGUCCACGUUGUGCCAGGCAAGCCCUGCACUGAUGGUUGCACCUCACGGGGUGGAGCUUGUGUUGGAAAGCGACCCCUUCGGUCACUGACUUGGAUGGUGGAGAAUGUUCUAAGAGCUGUGAGGUCCAAGUUGCAGUAUUACCCUUCCUUCUGACCCCAGUGUAUCACAUCCACUCUCUCUGGGUUAUGUUCUCUGAAAGAAGGAUUCAUAUGUUCUGACCUCUUAGUCAGUAGUCAUGUAUAGUUGUUACAGAUUCUCAGAAAUGCAGGCUUAGGUUUUCUUCAAGCAGUUUAAUGAGAGAAUUCGGCAGCAAAGUGGCCAAGAAAUGGUUCUGCAGCCAGGAGAGCUCGUGCUCGUCCUCGUACCGCCCAGUCUCUGCUCACAGUGGCAGGGCAGUCGUGAGUGGCGCUGGCACCCAGCAGCACCCUGGGCACGCGGCAUUUCCAUGUCGUGUCAGGUGUACCGGCCACCCUCUCACGCUUAGAAAAACUGAAAGGGCAUUUUUGCACAGAGAAGAAGAAAAGAGACCCAUGAAUGUCAUCUUUUAUCUUUUGCUUUCAGUUGGCUGAUGUUGGAAUUUGUGUUCUUGACAUGCACUUGUAAACCAAUCUUGCCAAGAUACAAGUCGUUUCGGUUUCUCACUGUAAUUACCUCUUGUCCCUCCUGUCUUGACUGCUGACGUUCCUCAAUGAUUCUAAUGUCUAUUUUAUAGGAAGCGGCCUUCCCGUGGGUUUCCUUUUACACACUGCAGGGCUAUCUUUAUAUUAAAAAAGUUUUUUUUUAAAGAAUAUUGUCACUAACCUCAUGGGGGAUUUGCAGAAAACCAUUUAACCCACCUUGAGCAAAAGGUAGAUUCCUCAUUGUUUUCUUCAGCUCGUUGUAAUAAAAAAUCUAAUUCAGCAUUAUUGUGCUACCUCAAAGGUAAAAAUGUUUUAAGGUCUUGUUUUGGUCCUGAGUUCUCUACAUAGUGUUUGAAAUGUCUUUCAAUUGGAGUUACUUUUAAGUCACUGGGAAGAAUCUUAUUUUAACCUGUUUUACACUUGUGUUGUAAUCUCAGAAGAAUAAGUGAUUAAUCCUUGCUCUGUAGUAUUGAACGUAUAAUGAUGUCAUUGUUUGCCAUAACCAAGGUUGGGUUUUUUUAAAGGAAACUCUAGGGCUUGGCUUCGCUUUUGGUUAAUAAAGGCUGACAAAUCA